GUCUCACCUAGAGUAGCUUUUUGAUGAUCCAUUAUGUUGGAAAUUUUAUGCUGGACUCCUCUCUCUUGCUGCAUGUAUCUGCCGCUUGGAUCUAUUCAAGCAAGCCUGCUGCUGACAAGACAUGUUGGUAUGGCUGGCUGUAUAGCGGCGUGGUCAGUCUAUUAUGUAUCCAGAUGAUGUUUGCUUGAUUAAAUUUUAAGCAAGAAUCAUUCUCCUUGUCUCUUUGAGCAUGGGACACACGGUUUUCAUGCAGAUAUUGCGGAUGAUUCAACCGAGUUAAGUGGAUGGAACCUAUUGAAGUCAUAGAUAUAUGCAAGCAUCUUCAACAUCAAUAAUUAAGGUGGCACUUCUCAUUUGUCACGUUAAAAAACUGGGCGGCUAAAAUAAUAUCCGAUAGUUCAAACCACAAGUUUGCUGCUACGUGAUACUACUCGAGCGAGGAAUCAGUCGCGACCUUACGCCACGGAAAAGUAUAGGCGCGGCAAUUAUUGGUUUCCGCAUCCAUCCCUCAGGUGUCUCCUAUUCGAUUCCCACCAGGCCAAAGAAGUUUAUCGGUAUUUCCACUUCAUUUCAUAAUGAUGCUGAAAGCGAAAACCCAUCCGCCUUCAACGCCACCCUCCGACUUCGUCCCCGUCCCCCAACUCUCUCUCUCUCUCUCUCUCUCUCUCUCUCUCUCUCUCUCUCUCUUCACGGAAUGCGCCCGCCGCUCCCUCCCAAACACCCCCACGCCCACCGAGCCGUCCUCUGUUUCCUCUCCCUCGUCCUUCUCUUCUUCUUUCUCUUAUACCUCUUCUCCCUUGCCCCUUCCCGGAAUAAACCCUCCCCUCUUCCUUCUCCUCCGCCUUCUUCCCGCAAUGCCCCCGCGGACUCCCUCAGCGAUCCUCACCGCCUCUUCCUCUCCCUCUCCCCCGGCGCCAAUGCUAGCAUCGCAGCCCACCUCCGCACCCUCACCCUCCGCCCACACCUAGCCGGCACCCCUUCCGCGGCCCACGCCGCCUCCUACGUCCUCGCCCACCUCCGCUCCGCCGGCCUCCGGACCCUCGUGGCCGACUACUAUCCGCUCCUCUCCUACCCCGCCUCCGCCUCCCUCGCCCUCCUCCGCCCUGACGGCGCCCUCCUGAGGUCACUUCCCCUUGCUGAGCCCGCAGACCCCGAGGCCGCCGCCGUGCCGCCGUACCACGCCUACUCUCCCUCAGGCGCCGCCAUGGCCCCCGGGGUGUUCAUCAAUUAUGGCCGGGAGGAGGACUACCGGGCGCUCGACCGGCUUGGUGUCGACGUCAAGGGCUGCGUCGUGAUCGUGCGACGCGGCGGCGGGUACCGGGGUGCGGUGGUUGUGAGGGCCGCGGCGAGAGGCGCGGUGGCUGUGCUGAUGUUUAAGGCGGCCGACCGCGGUGGAGUCGAGAGGGGGACCGUGUUGCUCGGCGGGGUCGGCGAUCCGCUGACCCCCGGGUGGGCGGCUCCUUCCGCCGCGGCUGCGGCGGACGACGGUGGGGGCGAGAGGCUUGACGCCGACGAGGAGGAGGUGAGGCGGAGGUUCCCCAAGAUUCCGUCGAUGCCGCUGGCGGAGGCUGUGGCGAUGGAGAUUUUGAGGACGCUGGGUGGGCCCCCGAUGCCUCGCGCUUGGAGAGACGCGUUGCCUUUGGCGGAGGACAGCGGCGUCGGACCCGGCCCCACGUUGGUCAACCUCACGUAUCAGGAAGAUAAGAAGUUGGCAAAGAUUCAGAAUGUUUUCGGUGUCAUAAGGGGAAGUGAGGAGCCAGAUCGUUAUGUUAUCCUUGGCAACCACAGAGAUGCAUGGACAUUUGGUGCUGUGGACCCCAAUAGUGGAACAGCUGCACUUCUUGAUGUUGCUCGCCGUUAUGGGAGCUUGUUGCGCUCGGGCUGGAGACCUCGAAGGACAAUAAUCCUAUGCAGUUGGGAUGCAGAGGAGUUUGGAAUGAUUGGAUCUACUGAAUGGGUUGAGCAGAACCUUGGAAAAUUGACAUCGAUGACUGUGACAUACUUGAAUGUCGAUUGUGCAGUUCAAGGUGAUGGUUUUUUUGCUGGUGCAACUCCCCAGUUGGACAAGCUUCUAGUUCAAGUUACAAAACAGAUCCAGGAUCCAGAUUUGGAAGGCAGGACGGUUUAUGAUUCUUGGGCAGCAAAUAAUGAAGGUAUCAGUAAGAUUGAAAGACUGGCUAGAGCUGAUUCAGAUUUUUCUGCAUUUUUACACCAUGCGGGGAUUCCUUCUGUGGAUUUGUACUAUGGUGAAGCAUUCGGCGGCUACCAUACUGCUUUUGACUCCUAUAAAUGGAUGAUAGAACAUGGAGAUCCAUCAUUUCAUCGCCAUGUAGCCAUUGCUGAACUUUGGGGCCUCUUAGGUCUUCGGCUAGCAGAUGAUCCAGUCCUACCUUUUGAUUACCUUUCUUACUCUACCCAGUUACAUGAGUAUGCAACUACAUUGAUUACCUUUCUGGAUGGUGGGAUAUCUGUGCAUCCUUUAAAUGCCUCUGUUGACGAGCUCUCUGCUGCAAUCAGAGAAGCUCUGGAAGAAGGAAAGAAACUGCAAGAGGUAGAAACCUCAGAGGAGUUUGCUGCCUUGAGGAUACGUGCUUUCAAUGAUCGCCUAAUGCUGGCUGAAAGAGGCUUCCUGGAAGCAGAGGGGCUUAGAAGAAAACAGUGGUUUAAGCAUAUGGUAUACUCUCCACCCGAGGAUUCUGAGAGCAAGAUGCCGUUCUUUCCUGGUAUAGCCGAUGCCAUAUCUCCAGCAAGGAAACAUGCAGGAAAAGGAACACAACUGGGUGUUCAACAUGAAAUUUGGAGAGUUGCUAGAGCUAUUCGGAGGGUUGCUGCUACUCUUAGGGGAGAGCUAAUCUGAGGGCACAGAAGAAUACCAAACUGCUGUACAGUGAUAAUGUUAUAGCAAAUGUUGAGGGAAGCAAUCUCACCUGCUGAGGACUAUGCUAUGGAGUUGAAUGCAACAUCUGGUGUUAAUUGGAUUGGGCCGGGCAUCUCACUUGGUUCGGCCUGUUAACGCAAUGGACUGGGUGGAC